AGAAGGAGGUUAAAUAAAUACUUUCACUUCUCUUUUCCCCAUUUGGGCGGAGCCCUUCCUGAGUCAGUCGGCCGACUUCCUGCUUGGGGCCUGGGCAGCCACACUGCACGCAGGCUGGGCUGACUGAGGGGCUCAGAGGCCAGGCUCUGAGGCCCACACAGGGCCUAGGGUGGGAAGAUGGAAGGUAGGGGCGGCGACCUGAGCACCAGGAGGCUGAAUGAAUGUAUUUCACCAACAGCAAAUGAGACGAACCAUCUUCCUGCACACAGCCACGAUUUGCAAAGGAUGUUCAUGGAAGAACAGGAUGUAGAUGACAGGCUGCUCUGUGACAUUGUAUUCAAACACUUCAAAAGACAUAAGGUGGAGAUUUCAAAUGCAAUAAAAAAGACAUUUCCAUUCCUUGAGGGCCUCCGUGAUCGUGAUCUCAUCACAAAUAAAAUGUUUGAAGAUUCUCAAGAUUCUUUGAGAAACCUGGUCCCUGUACAAAGAGUGGUGUACCAUAUUCUCAGUGAACUGGAGAAGAUAUUUAACCUGCCAGUUCUGGAAGCACUGUUCAGCGAGGUCAACAUGCAGGAAUACCCUGAUUUAAUUCCCAUUUAUAAAAGCUUCGAAAACGUAAUCCAUGACAAAUUGCCUCUCCAAGAAAGUGAAGGAGAAGAGAGGGAGGAGAGGCCUGGCAUCCAACUAAGUCUUGAACAAGGAACUGGUGAAAACUCUUUUCGAAGCCUGACUUGGCCACGUUCGGGUUCCCCAUCUCAUGUUGGUACAACCCCACCUGAAAAUGGACUCUCAGAGCACCCCUGUGAAACAGAACAGAUAAAUGCAAAUAGAAAAGAUACAACCAGUGACAAAAAUGAUUCGCUAGGAAGCCAACAAACAAAUGAACAACGUGCUCAAAAGGCUGAGCCAACAGAGUCCUGUGAACAAGUCACUGUCCAAGUGAAUAAUGGGGAUGCCGGAAGGGAGACACCCUGCCCAUUGCCCCGUGAUGAAGAAAGCCCAGAGGCAGAGCUACACAACCAUGGAAUCCAAAUUAAUUCCUGUUCUGUGCGACUGGUGGAUAUAAAAAAGGAAAAGCCAUUUUCUAAUUCAAAAGUUGAGUGCCAAGCCCAAGCAAGAACUCAUCAUAACCAGGCAUCUGACAUAAUAGUCAUCAGCAGUGAGGACUCUGAAGGAUCCACUGAUGAUGAUGAGCCCCCAGAAGUCUUCAUCUCAGCACCAAGAAAUGAGCCUGUGAUCAACAAUGACAACCCUUUAGAAUCCAAUGAGGAAAAGGAGGGCCAAGAAGCCACUUGCUCGCGACCCCAGAUUGUACCAGAGCCCAUGGAUUUCAGAAAAUUAUCUAUAUUCAGAGAAAGGGUUAAGAAAAGAGGACAUUUGCUCCUUUCUGCAGUGAUAGGACAAGACCACGACUUUUCAGAAUCCAGUGAGGAGGAGGCGCCCCCAGAAGCCUCAAGCGGGGCACUGAGAAGCAAGCAAGGUGAGAAGGAUCCUAUGACUUCUAGAAGUACAUCUACUUGGAGAAUACCCAGCAGGAAGAGACGUUUCAGCAGUAGUGACUUUUCAGACCUGAGUAAUGGAGAAGAGCUUCAGAAAACCUGCAGCUCAUCCCUAAGAAGUGGGUCAGGAUCAGAGCCACAAGAACCUGAAAAUGAGAAGUGCUCCUGUGUCAUGUGUUUUCCAAAAGGUGUGCCAAGAAGCCAAGAAGCAAGGACUGAAAGUAGUCAAGCAUCUGACAUGAUGGAUACCAUGGAUGCUGAAAACAAUUCUACUUUGGAAAAACACAGUGGGAAAAGAAGAGAGAUGGAGUUUCACCGUGUUGGCCAGGCUGGUCUCAAACUCCUGAGCUCAGGAAAAAAGAGAAGACACAGAUCUAAAGUAAAUGGUCUCCAAAGAGGGAGAAAGAAAGACAGACCUAGAAAACAUUUAACUCUGAAUAACAAACUCCAAAAGAAAAGAUGGCAACCAAGAGGAAGAAAAGCCAACACUGGACCUUUGAAAAGAAGAAGAAAAAGAGGUCCAAGAAUUCCCAAAGAUGAAAAUAUUAAUUUUAAACAACCUGAACUUCCUGUGACCUGUGGUAAGGUGAAGGGCACUCUGUAUAAGGAGCGAUUCAAACAAGGAACCUCAAAGAAGUGUAUACAGAGUGAGGAUAAAAAGUGGUUCACUCCCAGGGAAUUUGAAAUUGAAGGAGACCGCAGAGCAUCCAAGAACUGGAAGCUAAGUAUACGCUGCGGUGGAUAUACCCUGAAAUUCCUGAUGGAGAACAAAUUUCUGCCAGAACCACCAACCACAAGAAAAAAGAGAAUACUGAAGUCCCACAACAAUACCUCAGUUGACCCUUGUCCAGAAAACUCAAAUAUAUGUGAGGUGUGCAACAAAUGGGGACAGCUGUUCUGCUGCGACUCUUGUCCAAGAUCCUUUCAUGAGCACUGCCACAUCCCACCUGUGGAAGCUAACAAGAACCCGUGGAGUUGCAUCUUCUGCAGGAUAAAGACUAUUCAGGAAAGAUGCCCAGAAAGCCAAUCAGGUCAUCAGGAAUCUGAAGUCCUGAUGAGGCAGAUGCUGCCCGAGGAGCAGUUGAAAUGUGAGUUCCUCCUCUUGAAGGUCUAUUCUGAUUCGAAAAGCCUCUUUUUCGCCAAGGAACCAUAUUAUAACAGAGAGGGGUCUCAGGGCCCACAGAAGCCCAUGUGGUUAAACAAAGUCAAGAGAAGGCUGAAUGAGCAGGUGUACUCCCGAGUAGAAGAGUUUGUGCAGGACAUGCGUCUCAUCUUUCAUAACCACAAGGAAUUUUACAGGGAAGAUAAAUUCAUCAGACUGGGAAUUCAAGUACAGGAUAUCUUUGAGAAGAAUUUCAGAAACAUUUUUGCAAUUCAGGAAACAAGCAAGAACAUUAUAAUGUUCAUUUAGCCAUUCUUAUCUCCUCCCUUCAGAUCCUCCGGCAGCUAGCUACACAAUGUGCCUGUGGUCCCACUAAUCUCUGACUGCUCCUGUGGAAACUCCACAUCACAGUUCUUCAAAAUUUAUCACUGCCAUUUUAAAACUGUCUUUUCAGCUUUUAAUAAAAUUCAACACCCCUUCAUGUUAAAAAUUCUCAAUAAGCUAGGUAUUGAAGGAACAUAUCCCAAAAUAAUAAGCCAUUUACGACAAACCCACAGCCAAUGUUACACUGAAUGAGCAACAGAUAGAAGCAUUCCCCUUAAAAACAAGCACAAGACAAGGAUUCCCUCUCUCACCACUCCUAUUCAACAAAGUACUGGAAGUCCUAGUCAGAGCAGUCAGGAAGCAGAAAAAAAUAAAGGGCAUCUAAAUAGGCAAAGAGGAAGUCAAACUAUCCCUGUUUGCAGACAACAUUGAUUCUACAUCUAGAAAACCCCAUAGUCUCAGCCCAAAAGCUCCUUCUGCUGAUAAACAAUUUCAGAGAAGUUUCAGAAUACAAAAUCAGUAUACGAAAAUUACUAGCAUUCCUAUACACCAACAAUAGCCAAGCCAAGAGCCAAAUCGGGAAGGCAAUCCCAUUCACAAUUGCCACAAAAAGAAUAAAAUACCUAGGAAUACAGCUAAUCAGGGAGAUGAGAGAUUUCUACAAUGAGAAUUACAAAACACUGCUCAAAGAAAUCGGAGAUGACACAAACAAAUGGAAAAACAUCACAUGCUCAUGGGUAGAAAGAGUCAAUAUCAUUAAAAUGACCAUACUGCCCAAAGUAGUUUACAGGUUCAAUGUUAUUCCUAUCAAACCACCAAUGACAUUCUUCACAGAACUAGAUAAAACUAUUUUAAAAUUCAUACAGAACCAAACAAGAGCCCAAAUAGCCAAGGCAAUCCUAAGCAAAAAGAACAAAGCUGAAGGCAUCAAGUUACCCAACUUCAAACUAUAUUACAGGGCUUCAGUAACCAAAACAGCAUGGUACUGGUACCAAAAAAAAAGGCACAUAGACCAAUGGAACAGAACAAACAGCCCAGAAUUAAGACCACACGCCUAUGACCAUCUGAUCUUUGACAAAGUUGACAAAAACAAGCAAUGGGAAAAAGACUCCCUAUUCUAUAAAUUGUGCUGGGAUAACUGGGAUAGAAGAUUGAAGCUAGACCUCUUCCUUCCACCAUAUACAAAAAUCAAUUCAAGAUCAAUUAAAGACUUAAAUUUAAAAUCAAAAACUAUGAAAACUCUGGAAGACAACCUAGGCAAUACCAUCGUGGACAUAGGAACAAGCAAAGAUUUCACAACAAAGACAAAAGCAAUCACAACAAAAGCAAAAUUUGACAAAUGAGAUCUAAUUAAACUUAAGAGAUUCUGCACAGCUAAAGAAACAAUCAACAGAGUAAACAGACAACUUACAAAAUGGGAGAAAAUAUUUGCACACUAUGCAUCUGACAAAGGUCUAAUAUCCAGCUUCUAUAGGGAACUUAAACAAAUUUACAAGAGAAAAAGAAGCAACCCCAGUAAAAAGUGGGCAAAGGACAUGAAAGAUACUUUUUUUUUUUUAAGUUGGAGUUUCUCUCUUGUUGCCCAGGCCAGAGUGCAAUGGCACGAUCUUGGCUCACCGCAACCUCUGCCUCCCGGGUUCAGGCAAUUCUCCUGCCUCAGCCUCCCAAGUGGCUGGGAUUACAGGCAUGCACCAGCCGACUAAUUUUGUAUUUUAGUAGAGACAUGGUUUCUCCACAUUUGGUCAGGCUGGUCUCUAACUCCCGACCUCAGGUGAUCCACCCGCCUCAGCCUCCCAAAGUGCUGGGAUUGCAGGUGUGAGCCACCACGUCCGGACGAAAAGACACUUUCCAAAAGAAGAUAUACAUGCGGCCAACAAGCACAUUUUAAAAGCUCAAUAUCACUCAUCAUUAGAGAAAUGCAAAUUAAAAGUACAAUGAGACACCAUCUCACACCAGUCAAAAUGCCUCUUACUAAAAAGUCAAAAAAUAAUGGCUAGUAAAGUUGUGGAGAAAGGGAACAUUUAUACACUGUUGGUGGGAAUGUAAAUUAGUUCAACCACUGUGGAAAGCAGUGUGGCAACUCCUCAAAGUACUAAAAGCAGAACUGCCAUUCCACCAAGCAAUCCCAUUACUGGGUACAUACCCAGAGGAAUAUAAAUCAUUCUACCAUAAAGACACAUGCAUGCAAAUGUUCAUUGCAGCACUAUUCACAAUAGCAAAGAUAUGGAAUCAACCUAAGUGCCCAUGAAUAACAGAUUGGAUAAAGAAAAUAUGGUACAUAUACACCAUGGAAUGGUAUACAGCCAUAAGAAAGAAUGAGAUCAUGUCUCAGAAACAUGGAUACAGCUGGAGGCUAUUUUCCUUAGCAAACUAAUGCAGGAACAGAAAACCAAAUACCACAUGUUCUCACUUAAAAGUGGGAGCUAAAUGAUAACUAUGAACACAAUGAAGGGAACAACAGACACUAGGGUCUACUUGAGGGUGGGAGAUGGGAAGAGGGAGAGGAGCAGAAAAAGUACCUAUUGGUGAUGAAGUAAUCUGUACAACAAACCCCUGUGACAAGAGUUUCCCUAUAUAACAAACCUUCACAUGUACCCCUGAACCUAAAAGUUUUUUUUAAUUGUAAAUAAAUGGAUCAUUAAAAAAAAAUUUUAAUAAUAAAA